AUGGGCGGUUCUAGCAUCUACAACGCCUUCUGGGGUAAAGACCCUCACAAUCACGAAUAUCGUGAUCCUGGUCCGGACGACCUUAGGAGUCCUUGUCCUUUCUUGAACGCGCUUGCUAACCACGUACGUGUUUUUACCUUUUAUUCAAUCCGCAACCGAGAUGGUCGUCACAUCACCUGGCUCGGCGCAACUCUCGCCAUUCGAAAAAUCUACAAUUUCAGCUUCUUCAUGGCCGGCUUGUUAUCUUUAUCCGGAUGGUUCACUGGUUUGACUCAAGCUUGGAAUCCAUUCUGGUUCGAUUUGAAACAACUUAGGAUUCACAAAUCGUAUUUGAUCGAACAUGAUGCCAGUUUGAGCCGUGAGGACUGGCCAGGCAACAAUUGGGAACCAAACACUCAGCUCAUCGAUGCUCUUAUAUCUCAAGCUUCCUCCCCUGAGGGACUCUCCCAUGAGGAUUUCGCUCGUCACCGUGUUAAUCAAGAGAAAAAGUUGAACUAUAAGCUUAGUAAACCUAGACAUAUUUUGGCAACGGGAGAGGUUGGGUUGGUCAUCCCUGCGUUGGGGAGGGGGAGCGAUGUUCCCAAGGAGGUUCGUCACCAUUUUCUUUGUUUCCCCCUUUUUUUUUGUUCUUCUGACCUCAUCUUAUAUCCAAUCAUUUAA